GGCGCCGACGUAACCAUUGCUUAGUAAAGUUGAACAAACAAAAAAAUUUAUUUUUUUUCUGCAUUUUGAAAGUAAAAUCAUAAAUUAUUUAAAAAAACAUUACUGGAAAGCAAUGACUUUCAAAUGGGAUCUGUAAUGAUCAAUAUAAUUUUUGAAGAUGAAUCCUCGCCUCAAAGGAUUAUUCGAUGACUUGGGGAAACCGACACUCAGAGGGGUUCGUAAAUGCCCAAAAUGCGGUACUUACAAUGGAACUAGAGGUCUGAGUUGUAAAAAUAAGUCAUGUGAUGUUGUUUUCAAAGAAACCAGUGACAGAAGAAAGAAUUCAAGUUCCGACGCAGUCAAAAUCAUCACGGGUUCAACGGCACAAGUUUAUUCAGUCAGAAUCCGUGACAGGGGUCCUGAGUACAGAGGUUUCGUUCAGUUACCUAUACUGCAAGAAUUGGACAGUUUGCAAGACCAGUCUAUGGAAGCAUCUCUUAUCACUCAACCUCCGCCACGUUGUUUUGUCGAAACAUGCCAUAAGUCAGACAUAAACAUCAAUCCUUGCCAACAUAUAAAAGCUUCUGUGAAUUGUGAUUUGGAAGCACAACCAUUAUCUUUAAAGAACUGUGUGUUGAAUUCCUUGCCAAUUUCUUCUGAAACAAAACAAGCAAUAUGGUUACUUGCGACUGAAACUACAGGUCCACUUGUACAAAGGGUGUCUAAACAUGUUAUGGUUGUUAAAUGUAAACCAAAUAUCAAACAUCCUCUAGGAUUUCUGCAUUUCUCAUUUUUGGAAGUGACAAGAAAGAGAGUCAAUCCAGAAUAUAGGUUUCAGUGUACUUGUAGAGCUUUUAAGAAUUUCAAAUUAAGUUUAGCCAAAGAUGAAGUGCAGAAGAGAUGUGUACAUUUUUAUGCUUGUAUCUGUGCUUUUGCCAGUGAUGAAAAACUUUCAAAAGAGUUUGCAUUUUUUAUAAACUUGGAAUCUAACAUUGCCCCAGAAAACAAAUUAAUUGCUAUUUUUAACGACACUCAAGACCAAUGCAAAGUUGAUAUUGAAGUAUUACCUGAUGCAGAAACUCUCUUAACAGUAGCAACUGAGGCUGUAACAUCAGGAAUCGAAGUAAAACCUGCAAAAAAACAAAAGAAAGAUGAUAACAAAAAUGAAAUAGAAACUCCAAACAUAAUAGCCAUUACUGAGACCAUUACUACUAAUGGGAAUAAAACAAGGCCUCUCAUUAAGAAAAGUUCAGUUGUACAACCAAAGAAAACAGGAAUUGUUACAGUAGUGGACGAAUCGACUGUCUCAAUCAAAUUUGUCCAGUGGCUGGCGAGUGUUACAGAACGUAUCAACCAGACCAUGCACUAUCAGUUUGAUGGGCAUCCUGAACCACUGGUCUUUCAUGUCCCUCAAGUAUUUUUUGAUUGUCUGCAGCAACGAAUUGCCACAGGAGUUAAGAAAAAACGUCUACCAAAUUCAACGACAGCCUUUGUCAGAAAAGAUGCCCUGCCACUAGGGACGUUCUCAAAAUACAGUUGGCACAUCACCAACAUAUUGCACGUGAAGCAAAUAUUUGAUACUCCAGAAAUGCCUUUGGACAUAACGCGCAGUUUCAUAGAAAAUCGAGAUGGAACAUACGACCUGUAUCAGCCACCGAAAGAUAAGGUAGAUGAAUUGGCAGAAAAUUAUAAGAAAACUGAAAAAACUUUGCUUAUCAAACCUUCAGAAUUAAAAACAUAUCUGAAAGUUGGCACCAUGUCAACGGACCAGAAAGAACCGACUCCAUUCAUCAUAGAGUGGAUUCCCGACAUCUUGCCAAAGUCUCAGAUUGGAGAGCUGCGCAUCACGUUUGAAUACGGCCACCAGCGCAACGGUCACAUGGAACAACGCACCAUACCUCAACACAUUAUCCAAAUCCAGCAGGUGUAAUCCAAACAUUUUGGUAACCUAUCAGACAUGCCAAAAAUGUACAUAGAUCAUGAUAUAGCCAUUACUAUCAUUCCCUUUCAUUUGUGUUGUGACAACAUGAAUUGUAGAUAUUCGUUAUGUAUUAUGAAAGUUUACCGUAGUUCUAGUUAUAUCAUAGUCCGAGUCCCGAAGGUGGUGUAAUACUCGAAAGUCACUUAUUCUUGUACAAAUGUCGAUAUUUAGGUUCCUUAGAAUCUCGUACGUAGUCUGACAUUCCCCGUUCCGACUCGUCGUGUGGCGACGAUGGUGUUUAAAUUAAGAGUUGUGCCAUCCCGCUUGUUGAUCAAUAGGCUUAUUUCCUUUUUAACGUGGUUUUUUUAAGACGUUAACCCGACGAAACUGGAAUACCGAGCAGAGACGUGCCUUCUAAAACAGAUUCUGCACUAACUAUCGAGAGACCUCAGUUCAAAACUAAAUCUUUCGUUGUUACUAGUUUAGAUUGUUUUAUUUAAAUCUUCACGAAGAUUGACGAUUAUUCUAGAUCUAUGUACAGUGAAAUUUUAUAAAAUUAUAUUGUUAUUAAUAAAAAUUAUUUGAGGAAAAAAUAUCGUAGAUGAUGACGAUUUACGACACACACGUUUUGCU